AUGUCCUACGAUCGAUCAUCCCCUCCUCUCGCGGGGGGAGGAUGGUCCCGCUCGAGUCCCGGUCUGACGUCUCCCGGCAGCGGCACUUCUACGCCUCACAGCGGAAUCUUCUCUCCACCCCCUCUGGGUCCCAGUGGUAUCUCCUGGGCUACGGCAAAGGCAAAGAGCGACGAAGUCAGAGGCUAUCCGUCGUUUUCCACGAGAAAUAACGGGUUCUUCUCUCGCCAGAAACGCAAGAUCUCGGCCCGUAUUCCGCGCUUUCGGACCAACUCUUCCUAUGCAGAGUAUAAUGGCGAUAAGGAUGUUUAUGGGUUAGGGGUUGAUACAUGGUCUAGCGGAUGGUAUGGACGCUCGCGGCAUGCGUCGCCAUUAUUUUGCAGGUCGGUGUUUCGUCGGAAGAGAUUUCGGGUUCUUUUGGGCAUGGUACUUGGGUGGAUUUCAUAUUUUCUGUUCUGGACUGCUAUCGUUGAAUCCUACCGACGAUCUUCGUGGGGUGGAGGGCGCAAGUUCGUGGUGAUAUUGGCAUCCAACGUGGAGGGAGGUGUUAUGGAAUGGAAAGGAGCCCGCGAGUGGGCAAUCGAGCGCAACAGUGUCUGGAAUAAGCAAGAAUACACAAAACGCUGGGGUUACGAACUUGAAGUCGUCAACAUGUUGGCCAAGAAGCGCUAUUCGUAUGAGUGGCGCGAGAGCUGGGAGAAGGUAGAUGUCAUCCGGGAAACCAUGCUCAAGUAUCCUGACGCAGAAUGGUUCUGGUGGCUUGAUCUAAAUACAUGGAUCAUGGAGCACUCGUAUUCCCUGCAGGACCACAUCUUCGACCAUCUUAGUUCUGUUACCUACCGCGAUAUUAAUGUCUACAACCCAUUGAAUAUUACACACCCCUUUUCCGACACUUAUCUCGACGAACUCGACCGCUCACCAACCGGAGACCAAGAUCCCUCGUCAAUUCAAAUUGUCCUAUCACAGGACUGUGCAGGCUUCAAUUUGGGAUCCUUCUUCAUUCGGAGGUCCAUUUGGUCGGACCGCUUACUGGACGCCUUAUGGGAUCCAGUCCUGUACGAGCAGAAACAUAUGAACUGGGAACACAAAGAGCAGGAUGCUCUGGAACAUCUCUACGCUACCCAGCCAUGGGUUCGCAGCGGUGUCGCUUUCCUUCCCCAACGUCACAUCAAUUCUUUCCCUCCUGGUGCCUGUGGGGAUGAAAUCGAUAAGGACAUACAUUAUUCAGAGCGUGAUCGGGACUUCGUCGUUAAUAUGGCCGGAUGCCAGUUCGGACGCGAUUGCUGGGGUGAGAUGAACACGUAUCGAGAACGCAGCAACUGGCUGAACCGGACCCGGUGGCAGCGAUUCAAAGAUGGACUCGGCGCGUUAUUUGGCAGGUCUUCGGAGAAGAGCAAAGAGCAGCAAGCCGAAGAGCACCGGUAG